UAUUACUUCUGUAGUUGCAGAGUUCAUUUGAGCGCCAGUGGAAUCGAAAAUGCAUUUUGCAUUUGACUGUCGCUUCAAAGAAGUUUUGUAAUGGUUGCAUUGCGCAUUGUCAAGAAUCUAGCUGAAAGCAUUAUUGCCUUCAAAUGAUAAAAAUCGCACGAACAACAGCUAGAUAGAUUUCUACAUCAUAAAACAUCUGUCUGGCAGAAUCAUAUAGGUUCUUAGAACUUGAAUAGGUUAGUACUUUGCUAUCGAUAUUUGCCUGAGUCAUGCGUCAUACACAAGCUAUAUAAAAAAUGGUGUGUACGAUUUAUAAGUAGUCUUCGAUAACGGUACACGAACGAAUGCCAACGGCCAAAGUUGUAUUUGCAAAUGGUGUCCCACUAACGUCUGUUCUAUGCGUCAAUUGCUCAGCGAAGAUUAUACUACGUUUUGGCUGUCUCUUUUAUUAUCGGUGACACAUUUUGAUAACAACGAAUGUUAUCUGAAUUCGUAUUUAUAUUGUAAACAAAGCGAGAAAUCUUUAUACAUACAUGUUAAUUCGAAUGCACUAUUGUGUAAUUUGCUUUUUAAAUUAAAAGAUAUUUUGUCAAACAAAGCAAAAUCAAAGCUAAUUCAUCUGCAGUAAACGUCCAUAAUAGUAUAGUUCAGGACACAUGCAAGGGAGGAAAGUUUCACGUGGGGCUGAUCAAUACAAGAGUCGGGACGGCGACCGGCUGUCGGCGGUAUAACGUGGCACCCUAAACACAGCUGAUUCUACCGGGAGGGUUCGUUCACCCCUCGCCCCGCACUCCUUACAACCCUCGUUUACUUUCCAUUUUCUAGGAAACUCACUAAUGAUUGCGAAUUUCCUUACUCGUAUAUUUUUUUAUUCGAAGGCCGAGACAUUUCGAUUAAACGGAUCUAGACGGCCAUGGUUAUAUUUUACAAUAAUUACAAAUAUGUACUCACGCAGAGGUGGUAGUACUAUAGACAAAACCAGUUCAUACGGAUUAAAUACUCAGGCUGUAAUGGAAGUACGAGAUGGAUAUACAGAAGAGCAGCAACAACAGUACACUAAAUAUCUGAAGAAGUUGAAAAAUGAAUUCGAUGAACGAUUGGCGAAGAAACCAACAUUUAAAGUAUCAUUUUCCGAACUAGAUCGUGUUAAGACUUUAGGUACCGGAGCAUUCGGUAGAGUUAUAUUGUUAAAGCACAAAACCAGUAGCAAACUAUACGCUAUGAAAGUUUUGGAAAAGGAAAAAAUAGUUAAGAUGAAACAAAUUGAUCAUACGUUAAACGAAAAACGUAUUCUUGAAGCUAUAAGAUUUCCAUUCACGGUCUCCAUGGAAUUUAGCUCUAAAGACAAUAGUUAUAUUUACUUUGUGAUGCCCUUUGUGCCAGGAGGAGAAAUGUUCACCCACCUUCGUAGGAUGGGAAAGUUCGAGGAGCAAUUAGCAAAAUUUUAUGCAAGCCAAGUAAUAUUAGCUUUGGAAUAUUUGCAUUUCUGCCAUCUAGUCUACCGUGAUCUGAAGCCUGAAAACAUAUUAAUAGACAAAAAUGGUUAUUUAAAAAUAACCGAUUUUGGUUUCUGUAAAGUAUUACAGGGCCGUACGUGGACUCUGUGUGGGACGCCGGAGUAUUUAGCUCCAGAAUUGAUAUUGAGCAAAGGAUAUGGUUUUUCGGUAGAUUGGUGGUCAUUCGGAGUUCUUCUUUACGAAAUGAAUGCAGGUUUUCCUCCUUUUUAUGCCAACGAGCCUAUGAAAACGUACGAAAAAAUUGUUGCUGCAAAAUAUAGAUGUCCCUCGUGUUUCAAUGCUGAUUUGCGAGAUCUCAUUCGCAACGUGCUGCAGACUGAUAUAACCAAGAGAUUCGGAGUAAUGAAGGAUGGGGUCAUGGACUUUAAGAAUCACAAAUGGUUUAAGGGAAUUGAGUGGGAGGCUAUCCUCAACUGCCGCGCACAACCGCCAUUCGUACCCAAAUACAGAGCUCCAGGAGAUACUAGCAACUUCGAGAGGUAUGAGGAAGAGCCAAUAAAGCCAGCAAACCAUUGUCGAUAUGAAUCAGAAUUCGCUGAUUUCUAAUAAAACUUACGAAUACCUUUUUUUUACCUUUUAACUGAUUCAGACUUGAUCAUCAACAUAAAAAUAUAACUUUUAUUUUUAUAA